AACACUUCUCACACUUUCACGCAUACAAACACAACUCAUCUCCGUCUUGGUCUCCGGCCUCAGCCUCUCGCCGCCGCCUAUAACCUCUUCUCUUUCUCUGGUUAUCUCCUCCAUUUUCUUUUCAUCCUUGUACAUUAAUUCAGACCCUGAAGGUAAAUAAAUGGCUUAUAGAGGAGGAGGGCGUGGUAGGGGACGUGGUGGAUUUGGAGGAUUCGGUACGCAGGAACCCUUUGUCCUAUUUCCUGAGGAUGUUGUAUUGCCUGAUAUAAAGGGUGUGUUGGUUGAGAAAGAUUUAAUCCGUCGAAGUAUGAUCUUGCAAAACUAUUGGAAAGCUUCUCCUUAUUACCUUGAGGACAAUGCUUCAAACAAGGAUCAAAGUUCAGAGAUAGAAAGAUUUUCUGACAGGAAGAAAAUCAAUACCACCAUUAUGAGAGAUUCACUUUCACAAAUCUUAGACCAGAAAAAAUUUCCAUUGGAACUAACUGAAGGCUCGAAGGGGUGGCGACAGUCUAGUCGAAAGAGAGUUCGAUGGAAUCCUGAUUCAGAGCUUAAAAAAUUAGAUCUAUUUGAGAAGCUUGAACAACGUGAGGCUCUAAAUGAGAAAGGAGAAAAGGAAAAGAAAGACGGCGAAAAUGAGGAUGAAGAUGAAGAGCUAGAUGAACACGACACUGAAGAAGAGCUUAGCGAUGAUGAUUAUAAUCAGAAUGUAGAUUUCGAUGACGAUGAAGAUGAUUUUAACGUGGAAGAUGAUGGUGGAGAUGAUGAUGUUUACUAGUGGCUUUCAUCAGGAAUGUCCUUUUGAAUUUCUGAUGAUGUCUUGAAGCAAUAAUUAUAGAGUAGUACUUAGUUGAAGGGUGAAGGGUUUUUCUGUUGAUUGCAAAAGCUAGCUCGCCGUUUUCUUCCAGUGACUUAGUUGUAGGCGUUUUCUUCGCUGGGUUAGAUUCUCAUUCCACUCAUCUUCAAAUGCGGCUUUGCUUCUAAGUUGUAAAUACACUUGAUUCUCCAUUUUAGAGUCUUAUUCUAACAGAUGAUGGGAGGAAAAGUAAUUUAAGCAAUCACCAUUCUUAAUUUUGUAGUUCUUUUCUUUUUAGUUUUUGAUUAAGGUAUGGAAGAAUUUUACUUGUGACCUAUACAUUUGAGUAUGAAGUUACCAAUGAGUAGAUUGUAUAUAUCCUUUUAACUUUUA